GCAGUGGGGUGUGACCUACACUGCUAAACAUGUCUGUGCUCUGAAAGGAUCAUCAGUUAAUUUCUCCUGCACUUAUAAACACCCUGAAGGACUCACAGUGACUAAAUCACUCUGGUUCAUUGAAAGUCUCAGGAAGACUAAUGUUGAGCCUGUGGAUGUGGGAGAGUCUGAUCAGUAUAAGGGGAGAGUGCAGUACAGCCAGACCCUGAACUACUGUAGAAUGACCAUCACUGACCUGAGAGAGAGUGACGCUCACACAUACAAGUUCAGAUUCUACACUGGUGAUCCUAAGGGCAAAUACACUGGCGAACCUGGAGUCACUCUGUCUGUCACAGAUCUGAAGGUUACAGUGUCAGAUACAGAUGGAGGAGUAAAGAAGCUGACCUGUAGCUCCUCCUGCACUCUGCCCAACCCCACUUACACCUGGUACAAGAACAGACAGCCUGUAUCUCAGUGUGAAUCUGCCUCCUGCUCUGUACCUGUGGUCAGUGAAGCGGUCAACUACAGCUGUGCUGUUAAAGGCAGUGAUCUCCACUCUCCUCCAGUGUACUCUCCCAGACCUCCAUCUGUAUCUGAGAUUGAGUUUAAUGGCUCAGUCACGCUGGUCUGUGUCAGUGACUCCAACCCUGCCAGCUCUUACACCUGGUUCAGGAAGAUAGGAGGAGACAUCACACAGUUUGGAGAAGGAGCCAAUUUAACUUUAGCUGCAGGAACAGAUGGAGUUUUCUACUGUAUGGCAGAGAAUCAAUUAGGAUCAUCCAACUCAUCAGAAUGGACUUUUACAUCAGAUAACAGGACUUCAGUAUAUGCAGCUUCUGGAGUCGCCGUGGUUUUACUUCUGAUAUUCACUGCAGUCUUUUUGUGGAUGAGGAGACGAGCAGCAGUGACCAGCAGAGAGAGAGAGGAGAGCAGUGGAGAGGGAGCUUCUGCUCCUGUGUAUGAUGAUGUCUCCACCCUGGCUGUGACCUCUGACCCCUCAAGAGCUGCAUCCUCAGAUGAUCAGGAUGAUGUUCAGUACUCCACCGUUCAUUUCUCACACUCUCAGACGAAGGACGUUCCUCUCUACUCCGCUGUCCAACAGUCAAACUCUCUGGGUGAAGAAGAGGAAGUGCAGUACGCUGCAGUGAACACUGCUAAACCAAGAACUGCUCAGAAUGAUGAAACUCCGAUCUACAGCACAGUCCAGAAGAACAUGAGAAGAUAAAAGCUCCCAGCUCUCCAGCAGACGAACCAAUAGCGGUGAACAAUAUGAAGACACAUCAUUUUCGUGAUGAAUCUCGUCACAGUGUACUUUUCUGGGUAUUUUGUUGAUGUCGUCAGUAUUUUAACACUGACCAGCUGCAUGAUUCAUUACAAAGAGAGCUUAAUUAGUCCUGUUUAAUUAGAUUUAGUGCAGUACAGAAAUAAAAUCACUAUAGCUUUUGAUGGAUUUAGGAAAAAACUGCUCCAUUCCUAUUAGAUGGAAAGAGGCAGCAGAUAGAAAUAUGCAGUCAUAAUGUUUUUAAAAUUUCAUAGCUUUACCAGUUUCAGGGCCAGAAAACUGAUCCAUGCUUUUGUUUUCUCACCUUCAUUACUGUAAUGUGUU